AUGGGUGGAAAUCUAGAAGCGAUUUUAGACAUGGCGUAUAAGGCCAAUGCAGCUGAUGACAAUGCCAAACGUCAAAAAUUUGUUGAAUCAGCUGCCUACCACCUGUUUCGAUUAGGACGUCAGCAUUUCGAUUAUCGAUCAAGUCGAUGGGCACAACUUCAACACAAAAUGUCACAUAUGUCUGGUGGAUCAUUACUGAUUGCUGGAAAACGCAUGGGAAAUUGUAUAUCACUGGCAUACCUCUUUGUAAAACUAUUGUAUUUAACUAAUCUAUUCGGCCAGUUGUACAUAAUACGUACAUUUUUAGGUUAUCAUGGAAAUUUAUUUUCAUUUGGUCAACGAUUAAUUGGAACACUGACAUCAAGACAUGAAUGGACUGAAAGUGAAUUCUUUCCACGUCAAACCUAUUGUCCAGUGCAUGUUCGUCAUCUUGGUUCUAAGAAUAAUGUAUUCACUGCAAUCUGUGCACUGCCUGUAAAUAUGUUCAAUGAAAAAAUUUACAUAUUUUUAUGGUUAUGGAUUGCUGUUGUCAGCAUUAUAACCAGCAUUAGUUUACUUGUAUGGUUAAUACGUUUAUCACUACAAAAUCGUCAAAAUGCCUACAUUCGUAAUUAUCUAAUUAUAUCAAUACACUCACAGAUAUUAGAUGCAUAUCAAAAUCAUAGUUUAACCUGUGAUGGUUGUAACAUUGACAUUGAUGAUCCGCGUAUUGAACACUUCAUCACAGAAUUUGUUAAAAAUGAUGGUUUCUUUUUAUUACGCAUGAUACGAAACAAUGCUGGUGAUGUAGUGACAGCGGAAAUUUUAAACCAGUGGUGGCAUAUGUUUAUUAAUUAUCAAAACGCCCGAUCGGAACGAGAGAAUCGACUGGAAUUAUUAAGGAGUGGCAAAGAUAUAACUGAGAAACAUUAUGGUUUUUCUGAAUUACAAGAUAAUAAUUCCAUGAUCGCUCCUACCGCACCAAUGGCAAGCAAUCCUAAUAAAUCCAAUGUCAAUUUUGUCUAA